CUUUACUGACAGGGCAGACAGCCGCGUCUUUCCUUUAGCUCUGGCAGAUAAACACUGGCUUCUCAUCACCAGUCCUUGGGACAUCUAAGCUCCCUGGCCCUGACCUUGCAGAAUCAAGACUUGGAAAAUGGACUACUUUGCACUGGCUGCUCCCUGAGUGACUCCUGCAGACAGUCUCUGAGCUCACCUGCUGGGUGCUCUUAGCCUGUCAAUUAGAAAGACCUGCAGUCCUGGGAGCAAGAGACAGUCCUGCAAGCAUCCCCUCCUUCACUGGUAUAGUAACAUACCCCUAUAUUCCUCCCCUAGCUGUACUUGGUAUACACCCUUUUUUUGCUCCUGAACAGCUGUACUGGAGACAGACCUGUUCUGCUGGGGAAUGUGGAUUUGGUAACAUGCUCAGGGAAAUAACAUUUAGAAUCUUCUGUAACCAUCAGCACAGCACAAACUAAUGGUCGCCUCGUCUGAGAACUAAUUUCCUAUUUCCUUACUUGGGAUAACCUAACACCCGAAUUCAGAAAAGGCUGCUCCUUUGUGAUCUCCCUCUCCCCCUGUGUCACACCCAGCAUUUGGAUCUUCUCUUGAACAGAAAAUUGAUCCGCCCGGGGGGGACAUGGCCCCCUGGGAAAGUUACGGGUGAACAAAAGACCCCAAUGACAAUCAAAAUCCUGAUGUCUUAGCUAAAAAUGGAAACACUGGAGUCAGAACUAACCUGUCCAAUUUGCUUAGAAUUGUUUGAGGAUCCUUUGCUCCUACCUUGUGCCCAUAGUUUGUGCUUCAGUUGUGCCCAUCGGAUACUAGUUUCUGGAUGUGCUUCUAGUGAAAUUGCUGAGUCUGUACCAGUCUUUCAGUGCCCAACUUGUAGAUAUGUCAUAUCACUCAACCACAGAGGGUUGGAAGGGCUGAAACGCAACAUUACCUUGCAGAACAUUAUUGAUCGUUUUCAGAAAGCUUCGUUGAGUGUACCCAGUUCUCCUUGUGAAGACCAAAGGGAAAAAAUAUAUAAAAGUGUCCCAAUCAUGGCAGCUGAAAGGAUUCCAUGUCAGUUUUGUGAGGUUGAACCCCCCAGAGAUGCAGUGAAAACAUGCGUGACCUGUGAAGUGUCGUAUUGUGAUCGUUGUUUGCGGGCUACUCACCCUAACAAGAAACCUUUUACUAGUCAUCGUUUAGUGGAACCAGUUCCAGAUGCUCAUUUCCGUGGGCUUAUAUGUUUGGAGCAUGAGAAUGAGAAGGUGAACAUGUACUGUACAGCAGAUGACCAGCUUAUCUGUGCCUUAUGCAAACUGGUCGGUAGGCACCGGGAGCAUCAGGUAGCAUCCUUGAGUGAGCGAUAUGAAAAGCUGAAGCAAACAUUGGAAUCAAAUCUCACUAACUUGGUCAAGCACAGCAGUGAACUAGAAACCCAGAUGGCCAAACUUAUCCAAAUCUGCCAACAGGUUGAGGUAAACACCAGCAUGCAUGAGGCCAAACUCAACGAGGAAUGUGAUGAACUAAUGGAUACUAUACAGAGAAGAAAGCAGAUGAUAGCUGUCAAAAUCAAAGAGACAAAAGUGAUGAAAUUAAGAAAACUUGCUCAGCAAAUCGCAAACUGCAGACAGAGACUUGAAAGAUCCACUGUCUUAAUUAACCAAGCAGACCAUAUUCUGAAGGAGAGCGAUCCUGCAAGGUUCCUGCAAGCUGCCAAAACUGUAGUAGAGAGAGUCUCCAUGGCAACUGCGUCAUCUCAAGUUCUAAUCCCUGAUGUCAACAUUAAUGAUGCGUUUGAAAACUUUGCUCUGGAUUUCUCCAGAGAGAAGAAAAUAUUAGAAGGACUUGACUAUGUAACAGCUCCAAAUCCACCUUCAAUCAGAGAAGAGCUAUGCACUGCAUCUCAUGACACCAUAACAGUCCAUUGGAUGUCGGACGAUGAAUUCAGUGUUGGCUCAUAUGAGCUUCAGUACACCAUCUUCACUGGGCAAGCCAAUUUCAUCAGUUUAUAUAGUUCUAUGGAUAGCUGGAUGAUUGUACCAAACAUCAAGCAGAAUCAUUACACUGUCCAUGGACUGCAGAGUGGAACACGGUAUAUCUUCCUGGUCAAAGCCAUUAACCAAGCUGGAAGCAGGCAUAGUGAUCCAGCCAGGCUCAAGACCAAUAGUCAACCUUUUAAACUUGACCCAAAAUUUGCUCACAAGAAGCUAAAAAUAUCAAAUGAUGGCAUGCAGAUGGAAAAGGAGGAAAGUUCUCUAAAGAAAAGCCACACACCGGAAAGGUUUAGUGGGACCGGAUGUUAUGGAGCAACAGGGAACGUCUUUAUUGAUAGUGGAUGUCACUACUGGGAGGUGGCAGUGGGAAAUUCAACAUGGUAUGCAAUAGGAAUUGCUUAUAAAUCUGCACCCAGGAAUGAAUGGAUUGGAAAGAACAUUUCAUCAUGGGUCUUCUCUCGUUGCAACAACAACUUCCUUGUUAGACAUAAUAACAAAGAGAUCCUUCUGGACGUCCAUCCACAGUUGAAGCGCUUGGGUGUUCUCCUUGACUAUGACAAUAAUACCCUUUCUUUCUAUGAUCCAGCUAAUUCUCAACAUCUGCAUACAUUUGAGAUUUCUUUUAUCCUUCCUGUAUGUCCGACCUUUACUCUGUGGAAUAAGUCCCUGAUGAUCCUCUCAGGAUUACCUGCUCCAGAUUUUAUGGAUUCGUUUAUGCCUCCGCAACAAGAGUGUAUUUGUAGACCUCAAGAGUCACCAUAUGUGUCUGGACUCAAGGCUUGCCAAUAAAUGAUAUUGUCCUGCAGUGUGUUACCUAGUUGUUUUGAACAGAAUUGAAAUACAUUCAAUAUCAACGCAGGGCCAUUUUAUUUUUCCACAAAAAAAAAAAAAAGAUAAAAUGUCUAAUCUUCUACAAAUGCUUGUCCCUUUUCGAAGGGCAUGAUACAGUCUUUUAACUGUAGAUAUUCCAAUGACAGACUGUCAAGCUGUGUAGGUAAGUUAUAAAUUCAGGCAUAUGUUUGCUGAAUAUGCAUGGCUCUUGAAGACACUGUACUGAAUUCAGUAGAUACUGAAAUGUCUUCCAGCAUUAGGAGAUGUCAUAAAAAGCAAAUGUCACCAUGUGCUGCCCAACCUAGAUUUCAGAAAAAAAUAUUGUUGGUGAAUCUUUCAAAUUAUUUCUGAAAAUUUAUAUGAUUCAGUGACUGUCGUGCUGCUUGAAUUUUGCUCUAUAAGAAUAUGAGUUGACAUUGCAAUGGUUGUUACAAAGCUGGGCUGAUUUUCAUGAAUGAUUACUGCCUCUAUGUUGUAUUAUACAAAAAAACAAAACAGGGUUGGAAUAAAUCUAACAUUACUCCGUUAAAUAAGAUUGUUUAUUUUGAAAUAACUCUGCAGUUUCUGUGCUUAUUUUUUUUUAAGUGUGGAUGCUGUAAAUUGUUUACGCAAGAAAUGCAAUAUAACCAAUAUAUGUAGGAAUACUGCAUAAUCUUGACAGUAAUUGGGCAGUUUUGGUCAUAUUACACUGGGUUUUUAAAAAAUCAAAUUAAAAGACAAAUCAUCUUACGGGGGUGACCCAGGUUGGACGAGAACCCCAUUUUAAUGCAUGAUAAUUAAUUACAAAUAUAUGCAAAAAUAAAAUCAAUAAAACAUAUAAAAUGUAUACUUUUAAAGUCCCUGCCUUUUUGUACAAAUUCCCAGACAUUACAUCAAUCUUUGACCCGGCCCACUCCAGGAAGUAGAUUGGUCAGUUAGUAGCCUCACGUUUAGGUCAAUGGAAUUUGUACUGUUGGGUCAUGCUCAACCCAACACUGCAAGAGUAGCACAGAUAGUUCAAAAGCUAUUCUGUUUCUUUGCAGAGAUUAGAAAAGUGACACAUGCAGCACUAACUUGAAUCUGUAUAUCUUUUACCUAUAAACAUGUCAAUUCAAAAAUGCCUGUAUGUUUCAUUACAAGGGGCAGAUUUCUCGGCCUCAAUUCAUGAACAUACAAUGAAUUCCUGGGGCCUUUAGUUCAGCUAUCAGCUUCCUUAUUAAAACAGCUUAAUUGUUUGGAAAGCUUCCUGUUGACUUAUACAACAGUGUAAUUGAAGAAACAAUGUAAGUAGGGAGGGGAGGGAUCGGAAGAUGUAGAUUUCUAAAGCUGUGACCCCGUACCCAGGUAUAUUAACAAGCCAGGAGGAAAUAUAAGGUGGUUUGACAAAGGAGGCAGGUGUGAGAUGCAGAAUGCUGCAAAUAUCCAUUUAAUUAUUCAAAAGCUGUCAUUUAGCGUGAAAAAAUACAGCUAAUUAUUUAGGGAAAGUGCUAUAAACUGCAUACAUGUGCUUGUGUCUGGAAUCUCUUAAAUCAUGCAACAGCCACAAAGCCUAGAAUUUAAAUUGCCUCUUCUGACAAGGUUGAAAAUGCGUAUGCACUACAAAAAAAUAUAUACUGUAAGUAUAAAUGUAACCUUAAGCAUUACACCCUAACCUAUAAAUACACUAAACUGGGUCGUGAUAUAAAACAUACUUGGGUUUUGACCUAAGGUGAAAGACAGGUGAGCACUUGUGACUAUUGGUGUUUAUUUUAUUCUGCAAUUUAUAAUUAUCCUUAGAUCUUAUAUAAUGUUAAUAUUAAUAUGUAAGAUAAUUACAGGGAGAGUGUUAUAAAUACUUUGUAUUUUUUUCGUAGCUAGAGUUGUGCAAGAUGCUGUAUUCUAAAUGUACACUACAAACAAGAACUUAAAUAUAUAUUUUAAAAUAAAUUAAACACUUCUAAUCCAUUUCUGACACUUAGAUUUAUGGGUCCUCCUUUCUAUAUAGUUUACAUUUACGUAGCAUCACUGCAGCUCAACAAACAAUUGUUUGCCUAUAGGACUAAUACCAGGAGCUACAAUUGAUGAAUCUGUUGACUCUGGAAGGGCAGACUCAAUACCCUGUAGCUUUUAGAGAUUGAGCCAAAGAGCAACCACUCUCUAGGCUUAGUUGAGGAAAAAUAACUUUCAGGAACCCCUCAUCUAGUGUUAAACUGCUCGAACAUUAUUUAACACUAAAUGGAGAGACAGUGCGAGAGGACUUCAGGCAAUAUAAACAAUUCAAUUAGAUGAAGUGGUUUUAGUGCCUACAGUGUUCCUUUAACAGCUUUUGACAUUCUGUGUAAGUAGCAUAGAAAUAUGCUCAUG